GAAUACUGUUACCUAGACGUAAAGCUUAAUCACAAUGGUAAUUUUUCCUUGGCUAUCAAACAGCUGAGUGAAAAAGCCCUGCAUGCGCUCUAUAGCAUCAGAAGACGGCUCAACCUACACCAACUUAACCCCAAAUCUGCUAUUAAAAUUUUCGACAGCAUAAUUUGCCCCAUUCUUCUGUACAAUGCAGAAGUUUGGGGUAUAUAUAUCAAAAACGAUUUUAUCAAUUGGGAUAAACUGCCGGUUGAAAAAGUACACUUAAAAUUCUGUAAGCUCUACCUAGGCGUUGGCAGAAAGACGAGUAAUAUCGCCUCAAGAAGCGAACUUGGAAAAUAUCCAUUAAUUAUCAAUGUAUUCAAAAGAAUCUUCAAGUACGUCACUCAUCUUAAUUCACUUCCUGAAACAACCAUUUCAAAACAAGCUUUCCUCAUAUCAAAAGAUUUAUUUAUUAAACUAAAGAGCAAUUCUUUCUAUGGAAAAGCAAUGGAUAUAGUGAAAACCUUGAAUUGUAAUAGAGCAAUCCCUGACCUAGAUUCACUUACAACCAAUCUAGUUGAAUCAUGCGUUAAAAAUACUAAAGAAAACUACCAGAGAUUCUGGAGACAUAAACUUGAAAACUCAUCCAAACUUACCUUCUACACAAGCAUAAAGGAAGACUAUGAGCUUGAAACUUAUUUGACUACCAUAACUAAUUCAAACCAAAGAAAACGUUUAACACAGCUCCGACUAAGUAACCAUAAACUAAUGAUUGAACUCGGUAGAUACGAAAACAUUCCGCGAGAAGACCGAAUAUGCAAG